AUGUUAUGUCACGUCAGAUAUCGUGUAAUGGAGUGUAAUGUUUUGUAACAUUUUCUGUUUGUGAUUUAAUUUAAGUGAAACAACAAUGAGUUAUUUGCGAAGAAUUAUUACUCCGUCUCUUAUUAGUCGUGUAUUAAAACAAGAAAUUAUCCAGAGGCCAAUUCAUUGUUGUGUAUAUCGACAUGUAAACAUAACCUCAAAACUAGUGGAUUUGUAUUCCAAUAAAACUAAUUAUAAUGCCGUACGUUGGAAAUCGAAAAAGAGACAAUACGACUCGGACGACGAAGAAAUUGAGCUAGAGGAUGAUUCUUCUCUCUCAAAAGAUUCAAAAGUAGUAAAAUUUUCUACCACAUCAAUGAGAACCGAUGUAGUGUUAAAGUCAGCACUUAGUGUAUCAAGGAACAAAGUAGAACAAAUGUUUUAUGAAAGUAAAAUCAGAGUCAAUGGGAAGAAAAUCUUAAAGAAGAGCGCUUCAGUGAAAGUGGGUGAUGAAGUAGAUGUCAUAAAGAUGGUGAGCCCUAAAAACCCAGAUCACAUUUAUGUGUCUAGAGUGGAAAUCUUAGAUGUAACCGCUAAAGAAGAAAGCAUUCAAGUUACAGCAAGGAGGUUCAAACACUUACUCAUAGAGAACUAUGAAAAUGACCCUAUAAAGACUUCGGAGGAAGUUUAAAUAAAUGUUAUUCAUAUUGUUUGCAAUACAAUGUAAACUAGAAAUCAACAUCUUAAAAUAUUUUCAAACAUCAGUUCAUGAAAAAAAUAUGUUGUUAAUUGACAUAGAAAAUAAAUAUGAAUCAAUUAUUUAAUAGAAAAUUCUGACUAAACCAAACCCCUUUGCUGCAACAAAAGUAGCUUCUUAAUAUUAUAUUUUGUAAAUAUGUUGUAGGAUAUUGUUACAAUUAAAACCACGAAAAAUAGUAGUACUUGAUUUAUUUUAACAACAGUAUAAAAACUAUAGACAUGAUUAUAUAUCUAAAUCUAUAUCACAGUCUGAACUUUCAAACAUGGAUAUUUGAGAACUAGGAUUAGAUAGCUUUUGAUUUGAUGCUGUGGAAGAAUUUUCUUUGCCUCGUACUUGAGCUAGUACUGUCACAUUCAAAUCUGAAUCCGUACCUUCAAACAUUGAAAUCUGGGAUUUUGAUGUAGAUGCUUUUACAUUGGAAGCACUUUUAUCUAUAUUGUUUUCUUUAUCAGUAACUUUAUUAUCUCUAAUUUUUCUAUAAUUUUUAUCCAAAGGCUUUUUUGGCUUAUCAUCAUAUUUAUCCAAGUCAUGUUUGCCAAUAAAUUGGAACUGUUUUAACUUACAAACAGUUCUUUCUUUGACAUCAUCCUUUUUUGUGCCAAUCUCAAUACUUAUAUCUAAUACACUAUCUAAAUUUUCUUCAGAAGUGUCAAUUUGUUUAGGUAUUUCUAUUUCUUUAGAUUCAGAUUUAUCAAUAUUCCUUUCAUUAUUAACAUUAGUUUCAUCACUUCCAUUAUCGAAAUGGAAAUCAAUGCCUAAGUCAGCUAAGGCAUCAUUUACACUGGGUACAGCUUUUAAAACAAUUUGCUCUUCUACAAAUUCUUCAUCACUGGACACAUUAUCUUCCUUAGAAUUAGCUUUACCUUUAGACUUUUUACCUUUUUUAGGCAAUUUAUUCUUUACUUCAGUAAUGUCUGCAGUUACUUCUUUUCUUUUGCGUUUAUUACCUCCCUUUUUUUUAACACUAGGUGGUUCUUUUUCUGUACUAUUCAGAGUUUUAUGUUUCUUUAAUGUUACAGCAAAUCUUUCAUUUAUACCAACAUUCUUAAACUCCUUAUCCUGUCUUUUGUUUUCAAUGUCUUCGGCAAUGACAAUUUCAUUACUUUUACUACCCUUUUUAUUAUUAAAAUAAGAGCUAGUUAUAAGAGAUGCUGAUAAUUGAAUGUUGUCAUCAGUAACAUCAUCAUGUUUCGCGAAUAGCUUACAAUUUCCUGUUUCAAUAUCGCUUUCUAGCGUUUUAUGGUCGACUUGUAACAAUUUCGCGUAAUAUAGGAGUUCGUUUCGCCAUAUAUCAUUCAAAUUUAACCUCGUUAGAAGUUUUUUGGCUGUGCAUAGGUACUCGAAGUCUGGAUAUUUGGGUAUGGUUGAAUGUAAGGCGUCCGCUGUAUCAUCGAGUGUGCAGUCUUGCAUAGAUAGAUCGACUAGUGAAAUUGCUACGAUCGCAUCCAUUGGUAAGAUUGUAGUUCGGUACAUUAAUCGGCAAUGCGCCUGCGAUAAUCU